AGCAAAAGCUUAGACCUCUAAAGUUUCUUUCCUGCUUACUGAUUCCUCUGCACUCUUGCAAAUACACUCUACAUUUGUGCUUAUUUCCCAUACAUUACACCUGGAAGAAUACAGGAAGAGCAAGGCUAACUUUUUAAAAUCUUCUAUUUUAUUUUUGCAGGUUGUUCAGAACUGAAUGGCCUUAAUAAAUGAAAUCACUGCACUUCCAGCUUUUUAAUGCAUUUAGAUAUUGAGCCUAGAUUACCUACCUAAAAAAAUAUAUAUAUUUGUGUGAGGUUUUUAAUGGCAGUUUAAUUGUUUAAAAUCUUAAACAGACCUUUAAGGAAAUUCAUUGGAUUCAUACCUUACCAUUUAUGGCCAUACACAGUGUAAUCGCUGUGAUUAAUAGAAGCACAGUGAAGUCAGUCUGAAUUUGGAAUACUAAGUGCACUGCUCCUCUCUUUCAUGGGAUUGCUUUUUUUCCGGGAUGUAAGUAGAAAGUGAUAAAUAUCUAAGACAAAGGGAAGAAAUUACUCCAUACACCAUAUAGAAAACACACUUUCUCUGUAAACCGAUGAAAUAAUUAUUGUUUGAAGUCCAUAAAUGAAUUUACGAUGGGAAAGAAACUUUUUAUGGCUCAAAAGCGAGGAGAGACACGAGCAGUAUGCUUGGGCAUUGGAAUGAUUAUAUGUUCGGUAAUGAUGUUUUUUCUGUUGGGAGUCACCAUUCUACCCAAGUAUAUAAAAAGUGUGUGGACUGCUGAAUCUACAUGUACCCUUGUACGAGCAACUUUCAAAGACAAAACAAACUGUAUCCAUAACAGCAAUACAAAACCUGAAAGUAUUUUAAAAUACCCAUGCCUGGAGGUGUUGGUAAAUCUUAAUUUUUCCGAAGACCUUUUAAUGCUCUAUCAUAAUGAAGAAUCUCCAGAAUGGAAUAACAAGUGUUCCUACAUACCCGAAUGCAAGCAAAACUACACAGAAGUAACAUUGCAUAUACAAGACAUUCAAAGGAAAUUUAAUAAAUCAUCUUCAUUUGUUUGCUAUUUUGACCCAAAAGGAAAAUAUAAGAGUACUAUAUUAAUGAGAAAAUUUGGACCCCAGAAGAUGAUUUCAUAUUUUUUUUGGCCAACGUCGAUGUUUGCUGUUGGACUUUGCGUGGUUAUUAUUGUUAAAAUCAGCCAAUAUUUUGCCAGGAUUUCUUUGCAAGCAAACUAAGCACUUGACAUUGUCAAAACCUAAACCAGCUAUUUUGUAUCUAAAAUGUAAUUGUUACGAUAGGUAGGUGGCUAAUGUUGAGUAGUGCUUACUAAAGACACAUGGACAAAUAUAAGCUGCUGCACAUAUUUAGUAACAUCUUGUGGAACAAAACUCACCCCAACAACCCUUGUUUUUACUGUAUCCCCCCUUCAUCUUGCAUUCCUCCUUAAAUUUUGAUACAAUUUUUUUUACCUUUUUUAUUUUUUUAUGUUUGUAGCUCUUCCGGGUUUCUGGCCACGUGUGCACAAGUGCCGACGAGCUGUAUAGUGACAAUCUUCUAGGAGCUGGCAGCAUUUCUGUACACAGACAAGAAUCUCACUGUACAUACAUAUGGGCCACUAGUACCUGCCAGGUCCAGGAUACCUGGAAGACAUUGGCGGCACAUACAUGAGAGAUUUGGGUACUUAUGUUAGUUUUUAGUUAUAUGUAAACAAACAGUUGCUAAUUUUUGAAGGACUACACAUCGAAAUAUAUUUUUUUUCCAUUUGUUGAGUUUUAGUAGGGAAGCUGGGAAUUUUUUGCAAAAACACUCUGUAUGACUAGUGUCACUAUUUUAUACCAAAUAUGGCCUGUUUUCACAAAAACUAUUGCAGAUAAAGUUCAAGAAACUGACAAUUUCUUGAAAAUCCAAGGAUCUCACAAUAUUGUGUGACAGCACUACCGUUGUUGCCUUUUGUAGAAAAAAUAAGUCCAGCUAUUUUUUUUUUGUCUGAGGAGCUGACAAUUUUACGUAGGGCUCAGUGUCACUAUUUGUAGAAUAGACGGAAGUAGAAAAGUAAAAAUGUAAGUGAUACAUUUCCUUCAUUGCCUGAAUAUAUUUUUAGGACAAGAAUUACAAAACACUUAUUUUCUUUUGCAAUGUAUAGUAACAGUAUAUCAAGCAAACCCCCCCAAUCUUCCUCAUUAAUUUGCUCAAAAUGUGCAACUUCAUAAGGGUUUAUUCAGCCAUAUAUGGCAGAAAAAUGACAGAAGGGGGGCUUAAAUACCAUCUAGAUCUCCCCUAUAUGGGCAAGUAGGUAGUCGCACCUCACUGGUGAACUGAUUUUAGAGGUCAAAGGGUCUCCUAAACAGUUCCACUGUGCAUGCAAUGAGAAUAUUCACACCACUGCCAUGGUAUUAUUGCCUCAAUUUAGCAGGGGUGCCAAAGAGUCCGAUGCCUAUCGGCAUCAGACAUCGAUGCUUUCUGAGGGAGGUCCCAGUUUUUUUUACAAUAAUUUUCACUUCGGUAAAUGUUAAUUAACGAUUCUCAGUGAGUCCUUAAUAAACAUACACCUGGGUUUCUUUUAAGAAAGGCUUUUAUCUUAUUUGGAGCUGAAAUCUAAUUGCAAAACUUGUGGACUUGUACCGUCAGUGUCACUAUUUAUAGAUAGAUCUAAAGUCUGUUUCCAAUAAUUUCUUGUCAUUCUGUUCUAAGAAGGUAGGUGUUAUCUUUUCAAAACCCUAUGCUAAAAAAAAAAGCUUGUUUUCUCAAAAAUACUUUCAGGUUUAGUCAAAACAACUGAUGAUUUCCUGUAGAUUACUAUGACUGUCUGUCUAAAUAAAUGAAAUCUGUUUUCACAA